AUGGGCAGCAGCAGCGAACUCCCCUGCUUUUUCUUCUUCUUCUACCUCCUCCUCUUGCUCCUCUUUGCUCCUGUUAGCUGUUCCCGGAGCCAACGAAGCUGUGAUACGACCGAUUUUAAUGCGCUCCAGGGCUUUGUAGAAGGGCUCGAAUCGAGUGCUCUUGGGUGGAGCUUUAAUGGGUCUUCUUCUUCAAAUUGCUGUACUUGGUUUGGAAUAUCAUGCGAUUUGGGCUCUGUUUCGGUGAAGAGGGUGAUCGGUUUGGAUCUCUCCAAUAAGAGCUUAAAGGGCUCGGUCUCUUCUUCUCUGGGUGGUUUAGACCAAUUGAAGGAGCUCAAUCUCUCAUGCAAUUCCCUUAAUGGAUCGGUUCCUGAGGAGCUCUUCCAUCUCCCCCAUUUGGAGCUGCUUGAUCUUAGUAUGAACAUGUUAUCCGGGCUUAUCCCUGCAGAAUCGAACCUCCCGUCCAUUCGGGUAUUCAACAUUUCUGUAAAUUCGUUCAGUGGCACGCACCCGAUCCUCGCCGAAUCGAGCAAUCUAUCAGUCUACGACGUCAGUUUGAAUAGCUUCUCGGGCCCCGUCGAUACAGGUAUCUGCAACUCCUCUGAUUCCGUUCAAGUGCUUCGGUUCUCGGCGAACAUGCUCUCUGGCGACUUCCCCGCCGGCUUCGGGAACUGCAGUUCCCUUUCCGAGCUCUCUCUCGAUGCAAACGGCCUCCCCAGAACUUUGCCCGAUGAUCUCUUUACACUAUCCUCAUUAACCAAACUAAGCCUCCAGGGGAAUUCACUAUCUGGCAUUGUGAGCACAAACAUUAGAAACCUUUCCAACCUUGUUCAUAUAGAUAUUUCCUCUAAUAACUUUUCCGGGGUGAUCCCGAAUGUAUUUGAUAGCUUAAAUAAGCUAGAGUUCUUUAGUGCUUCAAGCAAUGAACUCACUGGGGGUUUACCCCCUUGUUUGUCUAAUUGUUCAAGACUCGCGACUAUUAGCUUGAGAAAUAACUCUCUUAUGGGAACUAUCGAUCUUAACUUUACGGCCUUGCCAAUGUUAAACUCCCCGAGGAUCGCAUCAAAUUUCUUUUCCGGUUGUAUUCCUGCCGAUCUUCCCAAAUGCACGCAAAUGACGACCUUAAGUCUUUCUAGGAACAAUCUUGUCAGCGAAAUACCCUCCAGCUUCAAGAACUUCACCUCCCUAUACUAUCUCUCGCUCACUGGAAACAACUUCUCGAACUUAUUCUUGGCACUACAAAUCCUACAGAACUUGCCCAAUCUUAGAAACCUUAUACUUAGUACGAAUUUUCACGGUGGCGAGUCAAUGCCGGAAGGAAUUAAAGGAUUCACUAACACGGAAGUCUUUGUCAUUGCGAAUUGCGCACUUACAGGUUCUAUCCCGCUGUGGCUGGCGAAUCUGACCAAAUUGAAGGUCUUGGACAUUUCCUGGAACCAUUUAACCGGGAUGAUCCCUUUAUGGCUGGGAAAUCUCGACAAUCUGUUUUAUCUGGACAUCUCAAGUAAUUUGCUCACCGGAGAAAUUCCUACUAGCUUAACGCUUAUAAAGAGCCUUGCGAAUAGUAACUUAUCGCAAGAAAACGUGGCUUCACAAUAUUAUCCCUUCGUCAUCCUGACAAAUUCCACCGGAAGAUCUCAAGAAUACAAGCUAUACAGCAACUUUCGGUCGUCGAUAAUUUUGAGCAAUAAUAAGCUUGUUGGGUCGAUCUUGCCAGGGUUUAAUGGCCUUGUGAACCUUCAUGUGCUGGAUUUGAAUUUCAACGAUAUAUCGGGAACUAUAUAUACCCGACUUGUCGGGCAUGUCAAACUUAGAGAGCUUGGAUUUAUCGCACAAUUAUCUCACCGGUGCCAUACCACCCUCUUUGAGUAG